CUGCUCUUAUACCGGGUGAUGGCACCGCAAGAGCCAGGGAGAAGGGAUAGGUGAGCGUGGCAGUUUGUACACAGAGAGGAGAGAGGCCAGUCACAUGACUCUAGGGCACUGCAAGAUAAGGAAAGGGACAGAGAUGACAGUUAGUUAGAGCAGAUCAAAGUUUCAGAGGAAAGUUUAAAGAAAAGAAAACCGAUAAAAGAAAGGGAAAAAGUGACAGAAGUUGUAGGUAAGCAGUGACUAAGGCAGCAGAUUUCUCUUGUAUCCCCUCCCUGCUGCCAAGGCAAAAACACAGGAAGCCGCGGGUUUCCUUUAUUGUCUCUAAAAGUCCGGCUGGGCUGGGGCACUGGAGCCUGACUCAGAAAAGCACAUGGGACGGGGUCAUUGGCCUCUGUUUACAACAUGCCUUUCUGCAUCCCGAAAGAAAUCAGCCCACGGUGACAUGCAACCCAAGGAGCCGUCCGAAAUCGCCAUCCUCAACUCUCACAAGGUCCACAUUGUCCGGGAUGACCCCAGCGAAAACCUGCGCAAGUUCAAGAGGAGGAAGUUGCUGGUGGAGACCAAAAAGAAGCUUUCCGCCUGGACCAUACUGGUGGCGCUCUUGGGGAUUGUUCUCAUGGUGGUGCACACCGAGCUGAUGUGGUACUCCAAAUGUGAGUGGUUUCCAUACCUUUUCUUGGUGAAGUGCAGCAUAAGCAUCUCUACAGUAAUCCUGAUUAUUCUGAUCAUUGCCUUCCACUUCAAGGAGAUUCAGAUCUUUAUGAAUGACAAUUCCUUGCAAGACUGGCGGAUUGCUGUAAAUGCAAAGAACUUUGGCUGGAUCCUACUGGAGGUUGUGGUGUGUGCCAUACACCCCUUCCCAUAUGAACUGCAGUGUGUGGAGGGACAGGGAAACAACUCUGAAGAACAGACAUUAGAGUUCCUCUCGGAAGCAGACAUAUUUCUGUCCAUUCUCAUGUUCCUGCGGGUCUACUUGUUACCCAGAACUGUUCUUCUCUAUAGUCGUGUGCUGGGGGAUACCUCAUACAGAACCAUUGGCUCCCUCAACAAAAUCAAAUUCCAGUACAAGUUUGUUAUGAAGGUCUUGAUGAACACAUGCCCUGGCAAGGUCCUCCUCAUAUUGUCCAUAAGCCUCUGGAUUGUCUCCUCCUGGGUCCUGUCUGUGUGUGAGAGGAAGAACAACGUUCCCACCGGAAAUAUGACCAGUGCCUUGUGGCUUAUCCCCAUCACCUUCCUAACCAUUGGCUAUGGGGACAUGGUGCCAAAUACCGUUUGUGGCAAAUUGGUGUGCCUGUCCACUGGAGUUAUGGGGGUUGGAUGCACCGCUCUCAUUGUUGCUGUAGCUGCUCAAAAACUGGAGUUCACAAGGGCCGAAAAGCACGUUCACACCUUUAUGAUGGAUAUACGUUACAUGAAGCAGAUCAAAUGUGCUGCUGCUAAUGUGCUUGGGGAGGCAUGGCUCCUGCACCGACACACUAAGAAAGGAGACAAGGCAAAGACUCGGCAGCACCAAAGGAACCUUUUUAGAGCUAUCCAUGAAUUUCGUCAUAGACGAAUAAGCCACAAAAAUCUGAAGGAUCAGAUGAAUACCAUGGUGGAUAUUUCCAAGAUGCAGAUGAUCAUGUACGACAUGGACUUAAACGUCAGCUCAUCACACAGAGAACUGGAAAAAAGGAUCGACCAGCUAGACAAGAAACUGGACGAUAUCAGUCGGCUCAUCAUAACGACCAUAGAAUCUUCACAGCUUUCCCACUGACCUUGGACAGUAGGACUCCUGGAAUUCCUGGAUCAUUCUCCAGUUUCUUUCUUGAAGUUUGUUUACUGUUUUAGAAUUAUCUGCCAUUUACAUUCCCCUUCGUUGUUUGAAGGGUUUAAUGAAAUAGUGCUUUACCACUGAAAACUUGCUGCUGAUGGAUCUCAUCUCCUAGGAUUCAUUUACUUAUAUCACUUUAGAUCCUGAUGAAGCAUCCCGUUUCAUUUAGCUGAGUCUUACUGGACUUUUCACAAGUUUAUCUUGUCCUGGGUAUACUGGUAUAAAUAAGGAGAAAUGGAUUCCUAGGCACUUAUAAAACAUUCCAGAUCAGUGUAUUCUACCACUGGUGUUCACGCUGGCAAGAAGACCUUGAGCUUGCCAUGCCUACGUUAAUCUCUUUGCUGGCAAAGAGCCCAGCUCUGUUUAUCACUGACAGUGCAGGAGAACAUGAGCCCUGUCUUCCAAAAGCACUUAUAUGCUAGAAUAUAUGUUACAUUUAAUAGGGAGCUAUCCUAAAACUAAGGGGCAGAUUUAUCAAGGGUCAAAAGGAACUCCCAUGAACUUAAAAUUCGACCAAUUUAUUAUUGAAUUCAAAUUUUUCAAACUCGGGUGAAUAGGAUCGACCCGAAAACUCGAAUCGUAUUCUAAACAAAUUUGAUUCGAGGACGGCUGCAUACAACUCCAAAUUGAUCCCAGGACGUCUUCCAUAGGCUAAAACAGCAAUUCGGCAUGUUUUAGGUGUAUGAAGAUGUAGGAUAAAUUUUAGAAAAUCGAAUUAGAAUUUUUUAAAAAAACUCUAAUCGAAUUUUAACAAUUCUCUAGUCAAAUGUGACAGUUUUGGGA